CUUAUAAGGCACGGCGCGAAUGCAUUUUUGAUUAUCUUUAAAAAUGCUAAUAUUCCAUAGAAUCAUAUAUUCAAACACCUGGCAGUCACCAUGCUCACUCCUCUCUAUCAUCCGUCGGCUCCGCUGCCAGUUCAGUUUCUCCAAUUGUUUAUCUAAGUGCUACAUUGAUGAAGAGUGUAAUGACUUUUUACUGUGGUUGGAACACAAGGCAGGGGUGGAGAUAUCUUCCUUGCUUUCAAUUGGAAAGUUUGCUAAUGGAAGGUCGCUCGUCGCUCGUCACCCUAUAAAACCAGGCGAUUGCUUGUUGAGGGUUCCUUACAACGUGCAAUUGGCCCCUGAUAACCUUCCUAGAGGAAUCAAUGCAUUAUUAGGAGAUAAUGUGGGCAAUGUUGCGAAAGUUGCCUUGUUGAUUUUAUAUGAGCAGAAGUUGGGCAAGAAAUCGGAAUGGGACCCGUACAUUUCUCGUCUUCCCCGGCCUGAGGAUAUGCAUAACACAAUAUUCUGGGAUGACAAUGAGUUAGAGAUGAUUCAACAAAGCUCUUUACAUCAGAAAACAAUUAUGCAUAAGCUGUUUGUUGAACAAGAAUUCUCAAAAAUUAAGGAGCUUGGAAAGGCUUCCUUCCAAUUCUCUGGAAUUAUCCAAGAUGUGACAUUAGAGAACUUCAAAUAUGCAUGUGCUUUAGUUACAUCGCGCGCAUGGGAAAGUUCCAGGGGGGUAUCAAUGAUUCCUUUUGCCGAUUUUGCAAAUCACAGUGAUCUAUCUGACACAACUGUUCUGUGUAGUGAAAAGAAGCAACUUUCAGAGGUCAUUGCUGAUUAUAGUUACGCUCCUGGUGAUCAGGUGCUCAUACGAUACGGAAACUUUUCAAAUGCAAGACUCCUUUUGGACUUUGGAUUUACUCUCCCUUGUAAUAUGUAUGAUCAGGUUGAAGUUGAGCUGACUAUACCUCAUGAAGACAAACUACGUCAGUUGAAGUUGAAGCUUUUGAGCAAACAUCAGAUACCAAUUCUUAAAGAUGUCAAUGGAUUCAGUUCCUCUGAGUAUUCGUCUGCACUCAAGGAAGUUAGGUUUGCUGACGCUCAAGGUAGGGGAAUUCCACAGUCAAUUCGUGCAUUUGCUCGUGUUCUGUGCUCCAAUUCUCCACAAGAGAUAAAUUAUUUGGCCAUGGAAGCUGCAGAAAAUGAUGGUCGGGUGGCUCGGCGUCCACUAAAGGACAAGAGCAGAGAGAUUCAAGCACAUCAAUUUUUGCUCUCAAAAAUCACUGGGCUAAUAGAUGAGUAUAAUGCAUCUAUUAAGUCAUUGGAGCUGCCUACUCUCUGCUUGGUUGGAAAACUUGAUAUGCGGAGACAGAUGGCUCAAUACCUUCUCACGGGUGAGCUUCGUGUACUGAAAUCUGCUGCACUAUGGCUGGAAAAUUAUUGUAAAACUUAAUCAAGAGUCUAGACAACAUUCUUAUGCUCAUUUGAGAAGCAAAAAUCUAAUUGCUGGUGGAGUCAGGUGCAAACUUUAGUUAUCAUAGUUUGAAUGGGCAGUUUUUCUUAAGGUGUUGUAUUUGAUUGAAUGACUUUGGAUCCUAUAAAAUAUAAGAAUUUGUUCUGUUUGCUUUCCUACUGAUG